AUGGUGGCGGUGCUGCCGGAAGCGAGGCACCGAGAGCUGGAGGCAGCGCAAGAGGCGCUCAAGGCGAGAGUCGUCACAGGUUACGUGAUAUCGUUCUAUAUCACGAAGAUUCUUCGUCAAUUCUACAUGUGGACCGACGAGGAAAAGCCUUCAAGACGUCAAGUCCAAGGAAAGUCGCACAUCACCAAGGUGAUGUUCUUGGUUGCCGUCGCAAGACCACGCCAUGGGUGGGACGGCAAGGUGGGAUGCUGGCCGUUCUUGCGCUCCACGGCAGCGAAGAGGAACAGUGUCAAUCGACCGGCGGGGACUAUUGUCUACGAGCCUGUGUCAGUGACAAGAGAUGUGUAUCGGUCAUACCUCGUCGACAAGGUCAUUCCCGCACUCAAGCAAAAGUGGCGCCCCUUCAGUUACGAUGCCCCGCCGACGAUCUUCGUGCAACAAGACAACGCCAAGUCUCACGUCGCGCCGGACGAUGUUUCCGUGGUCAGCGCUUGCAUGUCGGGUGGUUGGGACAUCAUGGUGCUCAACCAGCCGGCCCAAUCGCCCGACAUGAACGUUCUUGACCUCGGCCUUUUCAACUCUAUUCAAGCACUUCAGCAACGAAUGGAAUGCUCGUCCAUUGAAGACCUAGUGUGCGCCGUCGAGCAGUCGUUUGAAGACUUGGCGCCAUCGACGCUGGACAAGACUUUUGAGAUUCUGCUUCGUGUGUUCCAAGCGUGCCUAGAUGUGGAGGGCAACAACACUUACGACAUGCCACGAAGCAAACGACAGAAACAAGCGGAAUGUGAUGAUUCUAUUGUUCUCGACAUGCUCAAGCUUAGGCUGGAGGAAGAAGAUCGUCUCGAUGAGCUGUGCGACCUGGUCAAUGGCUUGUCUGCUUUGUAG